AUUUGUGUUGUGUGCGUAGAUUACAACAAACCCAGCUCCACAUACUCUCUCCGUCCCUCACAAUAAAAGCACCACUAAACACUACGCGUUGUUGUUUCAUGUGAAAGCAAAGAGCGAAACGCAUCGCACUUUAUCGUCGUUCGAUGCUGACGGAGGGAAACAACAGCAGCUGCGGCAGCGGCAGCGGAGUGCAGCACCAUACGACGUCGUCCUCGUCCUCGCCGGCGCAGAGCCGGCUACAGCGGCAGAAGCUGGAAGUAUACAAUGAGAUUCUUCGCCGCUUGAAAGAUUCCGGCAACGAAGAAGCCAUGCAACCUGGCUUCCACGAUCAGCUUUGGGCUCACUUUAAUCGACUCCCUACGUGGUAUGCGCUGGAUGUGAAUGUGGAAAGAGCCGCAGAUGUUCUUAUGCACAAGAGAUUGCUGCAUUUGGCGCAUGAUCCUGCUAAUAGGCCUUCAAUUGAAGUUCGAUUAGUUCAGGUUCAUCCCACAUCCAAUGGAAACUCAGCUGACACUUUUGAAUCAGAUGAUCCUGGGAUAGAAUCUGGACAAAGUUCUUCAAAGUACUCAAGCAGACAGAGUAUACAUCCACCUCCUGCAUUUGGUUCUUCUCCUAAUCUUGAAGCACUGGCUCUUGAAGCAAAUAAUUCUGAAGACAUAGAAGAGGAACAAUCUGCACAUGCCAAUGUUCAAUAUUCACGGCAUAUGCAUGAAAUCACCAUCUCAACAGAUGACAAGCCCAAGCUUCUCAGUCAGUUAACUGCUUUGCUUUCUGAGAUUGGACUGAACAUCCAAGAAGCACAUGCCUUUUCUACAACUGAUGGUUUCUCAUUAGAUGUGUUUGUUGUUGAAGGAUGGCCCCAUGAGGAAACCGAAAAGCUUAAAGCUGCUUUGGAAAGAGGAGUCUUGAAGAAGAUUGAGAGGCAGGUGAAGUCUAGUCCACAAUCCGUAUCUUCUGUUGACAAGCCCGAUCAAGCAAAGAUGAAAAGCGAACUGGAUUAUUUGACAAUACCAACUGAUGGGACAGAUGUUUGGGAAAUAGAUCCUAAACAUUUGAAAUAUGGAACUCAAAUUGCAUCUGGGUCAUAUGGUGAACUAUUUAAAGGUGUAUAUUGUAGCCAGGAAGUGGCCAUCAAAGUUCUCAAGGCUGACCAUGUAAACUCAGAAUUGCAGAGAGAGUUCGCACAGGAAGUCUAUAUCAUGAGAAAGGUUCGACACAAGAAUGUUGUACAAUUCAUAGGAGCAUGUACCAAGCCCCCAGGCUUAUGCAUAGUAACAGAAUUUAUGUCUGGUGGAAGUGUGUACGACUACCUACAUAAGCAGAAGGGCUUUUUUAAAUUUCCUACCCUUCUCAAAGUAGCAAUUGAUGUUUCUAAAGGAAUGAACUACUUGCACCAACAUAAUAUAAUCCAUAGAGACUUGAAGGCUGCCAACCUUUUGAUGGAUGAAAAUUGUACUGUAAAGGUCGCUGAUUUUGGGGUUGCUAGAGUUAAAGCUCAAUCUGGUGUCAUGACUGCAGAAACUGGAACAUAUCGAUGGAUGGCUCCUGAGGUUAUAGAACACAAGCCGUAUGAUCACAAGGCUGAUGUAUUUAGUUUUGGAAUUGUUUUAUGGGAGUUGCUCACCGGAAAGCUUCCAUACGAAUAUUUAACCCCCCUACAGGCAGCUAUAGGAGUGGUUCAAAAGGGUUUACGACCCACCAUCCCCAAGAACACUCAUCCGAAGUAUGUUGAGCUUCUUGAGAGGUCUUGGCAGCAAGAUCCAACAUUGAGGCCCGAUUUCUCCGAAAUUAUCGAGAUCCUGCAGCAGUUAGCAAAGGAGGAGAAGGCUGGCAUGGUCGUAGAAACAAACAGGAGUGGAUGAGGGUUGGAAUUGAGGAGGACAAAAGACUAUGCGUUGGAUUGGGUCAGGAGGGAGAUGAAGGAGAGACCCAAGAGAGGGUGGGCUGAUUCUUGUUCUUCUCCUGGAUAUGCUAGAAACACUGGCGUUGUGCAAGUGCCAAAGGUGGAGGCUUGAUGAAAUCGAGGAAGAGGCUGGAGGCAAAGGUGUGGUGGAAGGGAAAAGUUUUGUGGGGAGCUUCUCAAGAAGAGUAAAAUGAAGGAUCCUUGUUUGCGGUGGGGAAUUAUGCUAGCAUAAAGACGAGAAUGUUGCUUAUAAAGCAACAACACCUUUCAUGUUUGAACUGUUGCAGUGUCACAGUUUUUGACCACGAUACGACUCUAACCCUGCACAUGUUGUACACUCUAUUAAAUGUCUAAUUAUUAUUUAUUUAUUUGGUUUUGAGUUUGGACACCAGAGAUUUGAACAUGACAAAGGUUACCCAAAGCAUCAGAGUGACGAGAAGGAAACUAAGAAGGAUAUUGCAGGAAAUUGUUAAAAGAGAUUUUAUGAUAAAUAAUAUCUCUAAAAAUUUGGUCUUUAACUGAGUUGAAUGGAGUUGUGAUUCAUGUAGUUGAAUUCACUUAACGGAACAAUCCGA